UCUUUUAUGACAAAAGUACCUGCAGCGUACUACAUAACAAAUCAAUAUACAGAAAGUAUGCAUAAUGGAUACCGCAUAUGUAAUGAACAAAGCACGUACUCCAAUGUCAAAUCCAAAAGGUCGAUCGAUUUAGUCCUCAGAAGCCCUGCUUUGUCAUACUCCAGGAUGAUACCUAAUGGGGGCAAAAGUCGUUCGGCUGAAUGCAAAUAAAAACGACAGCUUCUCUUCUCUUACAGACGCAUUUUCCGUGAAAAGAACCAUAAAUCACGUUCAUGAUUUGUGUUACCUGGUGGGUAAUAUCUGAGAAGAAACCUUUUGAGUCUCAUUUUGCGCAAGCAAGCCUACGUCCCGUCAACAAACCGUUGUUACGGCAACAACUGGCAAGUGGCCAUGGCGCAUGCGCAGUCGGAACUCAGAGCAAAGGGAGUGGGGGAUCACGCCUGAUGUCAGGAAAAAAAAACUUUUUGUGGUUUGCAGCGAUUCAUUUUAUAUAUAAAUAAUAUUUCAUUUCACAACAUCAUCGUUUUCAAUAUCAUAAAAAUAUUACUAAAACGUUAUGUUUUUUGCCUUCAUUCCAGAGCAGAGUCUGCACAAAUGGCAUUCUGUUUCCCAACAGGUGAAAGUCUAAACUCAUAAAGCGUGCCAUGUGAAACGACCCAACUCAUUAGAUUAGAUUAUUCCAGCUCGUGGUGGUGACUAACUGAAGUGUCAUUAUUUUAAGGCACGUAUCGGCUUCUGAGGACCAAAUCAAUCAUGCCACAUUAGGAACCCCCCACCGGGAAGGAAACCACAGAGGAUUCUAUUGAGGAGAAACCAUGGGCUGCUGGGUCAAGCUGAAGUCCUCAAAUUGGGCUUUCCCUACUGCAGUCUUGUCACUCUAUGGUUUUUUUGCCAACUGCAGAAUCGCAGAGCCUUUCCUGGCGCCGUACUUAAUUGGCCCUUAUAAGAACAUCUCCGAAGAAGUGGUGACCAACUACCUAUUUCCAAUAUGGACAUAUUCCUACCUGGCCUUCCUUUUCCCUGUUUUCCUGCUGACUGACUUUCUGCGACAUAAGCCGCUCAUUGUGAUCCAGGCGCUUUUUCUGGUUUCCAACUAUGUCCUGCUCUGCUUUGCCCCAGGACUACUUGCCAUGGUCUUCCUUGAGAUUCAUUAUGCUGUCGUGACUGCUACAGAGGUGGCAUACUUUUCCUACAUAUACAGCACGAUUCCCCAUGAAAAUUACCAGCGAGCCACCGGUUACCUUCGCAGCGCCAUGCUUUUUGGGUACACGUCUGGUGCCGGCCUGGGCCAAGUUCUCAUCUCAUUGGCAGGGUUGAACUACUUCUACCUCAAUGCCAUCACUCUGGGCGUUGUAAGCGUGGCUUUUCUCAUCUCCUUCUGGUUGCCAAUGCCUCAGGGGAGCAUGUUCUUCAAAGGGAGAAAGACAGCAUCUUUGGGUCGACAGUCCCAGCAGGUGGUGCCUGGGAAAACGGACAGACCCGAUGAAACGGCAUUGGAUGAGGAGGGCGCUAGCUCGGGGAAACAGAAGAUGGAGUGUGAUGACGACGCUGGCUGGUGCAGCAGGAAAAAUGUGUUCAGUGCAGGUCAUUUACUUUGGCAAAGCUUCAGGGAGUCCUACUCGUCAAGGCAUUUGAUCUAUUGGUCUUUGUGGUGGGCUCUGGCCACAGCUGGAUAUACACAAAUAGUUAAUUACAUCCAACUCAUGUGGAACCAUAUUGAGCCAUCUGCCUCGUCAUCCGUUUACAAUGGUGGAGUAGAAUCUGCAUGCUCUCUCGUUGGUGCCGCAGCAGCCUUCUCUGUGGGUUACAUCAAGGUGAACUGGUCCGUGUGGGGAGAGCUGGCUUUAGGGUCGUUUUCAGCCAUUGGGGCAGGCGCUGUGUUCUUGACAGGACUCACCAGCAAUAUCUGGGCUUGCUAUGCAGGCUACGCCCUAUUUAAAUCAUGCUACAUGCUGCUCAUCACCAUCACAACAUUUCAGAUUGCCGCCAAUCUCUCCAUGGAGUGCUACGCCCUGACAUUCGGGAUCAACACAUUUGUGGCCCUCUCCCUGCAGACCAUUAUGACACUUAUUUUUGUUGAUGGAGCUACAUUAGGACUGGACAUUGUGACGCAGUUCAUCAUUUACGGGAUCUACCAUGCUCUCAUCUCCGUGCUGUUUUUGAUUCGAGGGACCUACACUGUUUGUACAAAGCGAAGCACUCCAGAACCACCAGAUAACCUGCCAAAGGAGAGGAAGGACCCCGUGCAGGUGAUCCAUGAUACGCCUUUCUGAUCAUGGUCAACCAGUUGUUAAAUUGUAAUAGUACUUGAAUGAGUAGAUAAUCAUACAAUAUAGCUUCAUUUUGAAUCAGUGUCCAUUCCCCAUGUUUACAUGCUUACCAAUUAAAGAUGAAAAUCGC